UCCGUCUCUACAACUUCAACUCACCCCCUGUAGUGGUGUAUUUGACCACACACAUCCUCGACUCUAGAGUCAAUUGUAUCGUCAAACAUGACUCGUAUCGGUUGGUAUGGCCUAGGCUCCAUGGGCCUAGCCAUGGCCACCAAUCUCCAAAGACACUUAGCAACCAAAAAUGCCAUGAAUCUAAUCUACUCGAACCGGACAAUGGCACGCGGGGACCCUCUCAAAACCCUAGGUGCUACCCCAGAGACCAGCUUCGCCAAACUAGUCGGUCAAUGCGGGAUCAUCUUCACCAUGGUCUCCAAUGACUCAGUCCUCCAACAACUAAUCACAUCCGCCAUUGGAUCGGGGCACUCUCUCCGCGACAAGAUCUUCGUGGACUGCUCGACCGUCCACCCCGAAACGGUGGGUCUAACUGUCUCUAAGCUGAGAGAACAGCAAGCGUCUUUCCUAGCGGCACCUGUGUUCGGUGGCAAUCCGAUCGCGGUGGAUGGAAAGCUCGUCUUUGCCAUUGCCGGGCCGAAGAAGGCCUCGGAGGUGGUCAAGCCGUUGAUUCAAGAUGUUAUGGGUCGCAAGGUUAUUGAUUGUGGUGAGGAUGCGACUAAGUCUUCGCUUUUGAAAAUUGCUGGUAAUAUCGUCACUGUUAAUAUGAUGGAAGCUGUCGGAGAAGCUCAGGUUUUCGCCGAGCGUACUGGAUUAGGCACUGGUCCGAUGGAAGAGCUCAUCAGCGAAGCUUUUGGCGCUGUGGCUGGUGGAUAUUCGAAGAGAUUGACAACUGGUGCGUAUGCGCCGCCGCUGGAAUCUCGGCCUGGAUUUGGUGUGUCUCUUGCUAUUAAGGAUGCGAACCAUGCAUUUGCCAUGGCUAAGGAGCAUAAUGUUGAGCUUCCCGGUCUGAAGGUUGCGCAUGAGAACAUGGUUGCUGCGAGGGAGUAUGCUGGUGAGUGUCUGGACAGCAGCUCAAUGUAUGGCGUUCUGCGUCAGAAGGCGGGAAUGACUUUCUGGAAUGAAAAGAGUCGGAAGGAGUGAAGUUGAAAUUGGCCAUAAGAGGGAUGGAUUCAUUAAUGAGUUGGACAAUAGAUUAAUUGUUGAGCGUGAAUAAACGCAGAAUAUAGUUCUCUGGUUUUUAUUACUACGAUGUACAAUGGACGGCAGACAAGCAGACAAGGCGGUAUCAAAUAAAACACAGUUCCAUUUGGAUUUGACUA